AGCAAGCACUGGCUUAUUCGCUAGCGCGGGUGGCGCAAUCAGGGCGGGGUGGUGUAAACGUCGAGGCAGACGGAUUAAACAGCAGAGCUCCGCUCCGCGCACCUCGCAGGGGCGGUCAUUUCUGAUGGCUCUGGAGGCUGUCACCCCGCGGCAACGUGAACAGCGAACGCUCCCCGACCGCACCGGGCAGCGGGGACAGAGGACAGCGGCCGCCUGGAGCUCCCGGGCAGGGUACACCCAGGGCCCCAGGCCUCGACUUCGGGGCCCCUGGGCUCUCAUCUUCGCCGUCUUGGGUGUCUUGAUGUUGGUCAAACCUGCUUCAGCCAUGUCUGUAAGGAAGGAUGAAAUUCCCCAGCAGUCAUCAGCCCCACUGGAAGGGAGCCUCCAACAGAAGUUAUGUCUACCAGAAUUCUAUAUGGAAGAAGCCCAUGGAGGUUGUGCCCCGUGCACCGAUGGGACAGACUACACCAAUCAUUCAAACACCCUCCCUUCUUGCCUACCUUGCAUGACUUGCAAAUCAGGUCCAGAACCUGUGGUCUCUGUGCCUGCGGUUAGGGUGCUGGGUGAUGAGAUAGGACUUAAAAGGGACGAGGAGUCAGAAACCUGAUUUCCAGCCCAGCUAGGUCUUCAGCUUGUCUUAGG